AAACUACAAAACUUUUAAACCAGCUCUAUGCUACCCAGGUUGGUGUUUGGUGUUCUUUAUUUAGUUACUUAAAUGCUCAAGAACGUUUACAAAUCAUAAUGCAAAUGCAAAAAAAUGUGCUAAAUCUUAAUAUCGGCCUUUUGGGUCACGUUGAUUCCGGUAAAACCUCACUGGCAAAAGCGUUGAGUGAGGUCGCUAGUACAGCAUCGUUUGAUAAAAACCCGCAAUCACAGCAACGGGGGAUAACACUGGACCUUGGUUUCAGCGCCUUACAGCUGGACUUGCCGGAGAAGUUGAAAUGUUCUGAUCACAAUUGGAAUCGAUUACAAUAUACGUUUGUUGACUGCCCGGGCCAUGCGAGCUUGAUACGAACAAUUAUUGGAGGAGCGCAAAUUAUAGAUAUUAUGAUUUUGGUAAUAGAUGUAAGCAAGGGCAUCCAAACACAAACGGCAGAAUGUUUAGUGAUUGGCGAGUUAACUUGCAGUAAAAUUAUAGUAGCACUCAAUAAAAUAGAUACGUUAGAAGAGGAAAAACGGUUUGCAGUUGUAGGAAAGAUGCGUAAGGGUAUUAGUAAGGUUUUGGAGAAGACGAUUUUCGCUGGUGCACCGGUAAUAGAGAUAUCCGCCAACGCUAAAUUAAAUUUGGAUAAACUCAUAGAAGCACUGAAAGAUAUUUCAUGUAUUCCCGAACGUGACGUUAAGGCACCAUUUCUAUUUGCUGUUGAUCACUGUUUCGCUAUUAGAGGACAAGGAACAGUAUGCACCGGAACUGUACUUCAAGGACAGAUUAAUGUAAAUGAUGACGUCGAGAUUUCAAAAUUAAAAAUUAUAAAAAAAGUUAAAUCAAUACAAAUGUUCAAGCAAAAUCAGUCAGUAGCGCAGCAAGGAGACAGAAUCGGAAUUUCUAUUACUCAAUUCGAUCCCAAGCAAUUAGAACGCGGUUUGCUUUGUAAACCGGGAUAUGUCAUGAAUGUAUACGCUGCAGUUAUACGUCUUACUCGUAUAAAAUACUACAAUCGUUUGAUUCGAAACAAAGCAAAAUUCCAUAUUUCUUGCGGGCAUGAAACCGCACUUGCCACAGUUACUCUUUUCAAAGGUACUCAGUGUGGCUUUGACGAAAAAUUACAGUACGAAUAUUUAGAAGAAUAUGGUCAUGAUAGUGUAAUAGAAUCGACACAGGCUGUAUUCGCUUUACUGGAAUUCGAACAACAAAUACAAGUCGCACCAAAUGCUCUUUUGCUAGGAUCUAAACUUGAUACAGACAUUCAAACAAAUCAAUGUCGGUUAGCUUUCUUCGGCCGGCUGGAACUUUGCUCGACUGACAAAGAUUAUAUUAGUACCUUUCUACCACGAUUGAAAAUCUACAAAGAAAAGUCUAAAAUCGGGACAAUCCAACGAGUCGUCAACGAGUUCGAGCUGAUUGCUACUGGAUUAUUUAAAAAAGAUGGUAACAACAGGCAGGAUUUCCUUGGUUUUCGCAUUCGCCUGAGUACAGGUGAGUGGGGAGUAAUCGAGGACACGUUUGGAGCAAGCUCGAAAGUGAAACUGCGUUUCAUGAAACCUCUAGCUAAAGAAACACUGGAUCGUUUGCAGCAGAAAAAUAAGCUCGGUCCUCAGGAGCCAGUGCAAGUAGAAUUGAAAUUCAAAAAAUUCUUUUCGAAGAAGUGCAUUACCAGUAAUAAAGUGAUUCAGUGA